AUGGAUUGGUCUGGACGAGGUCGACAUGCGGAAUUCGGAGAGGGAGACGAUGGCCAAAUUGCAAAAAUCCUCACACAUGAGAACAUUCUGGGUCAUUCUUGGACGGCUGUAGCCGAGAGCGUACUGUGCAGAAGAAUCCGUCUCGCGCGUAAAACGAUCAGCUGCAUCGGAAAGCUGAAACGUGAAGAUGCCGUUAAAGAAGUGGAGCACCUUCAGAAAUUUCUAGAGAGUUUUCUGGAGUUCGCAGACGAGCUUAAAGACUUCUCGGAGAAGCUCAGCAAUCUCUACGACUUGUCCUGCUUCAUUGGAUGCCUCUCUAACGCUAUGGACUAUAUACAUCAACAAUUCACUAAGCACAUGGACAUCAAGCCCAAGAAUAUCCUCAUCCGACAAACUCCUCGCGGUUGCAAUAAAUACAGGGUCUAUUUUGCGGAUUUCGGAAUAUCGAGAGCAUAUAAGAGCGCAGCAGAGGCCGAAACAGAUUCUCCGACACCAUACACGAGGAUGUAUGCCGCUCCAGAGGUAGUUGAUCAAGACACACGCGGAUUCGGUGCAGACAUCUUCAGUCUUGGCUGUGUUUUCGCCGAAAUCAUUGCUGUGCUGAGCUCUCAGCGCCAAUCCCUGAUUGACAUCUGAAACGGCAAUGCUGACGGAGACACAUCUUACCAGGCAAACAUCUCGCCCAUAGCAGAGUGGCUACGAAGCACCCGAAUUUUCAGCCAAGAGCUCCUUAGGUCUGAGUGCCUCCAGUCAAAUAUAAUACCGAUGAUGAGCUUCGAGCCAUCUUCUAGACCCUUCUCUGCUGAGAUUAAGGCAGCAUUCGGAGGACAUAAAUGCUGUACAGAAGGACCUGAGCCUUUCGAAAGGGUCGCGGAACUCACAUAAGAGCUUGCUAAUAGGUGUGAGUGUGCGUUGAAUCAAAGUACAAGGCUACGGCCAUUGGCUAUGCGUAUGUUGCGGAGGUAAAGUGUUCUCUGCUAGAUUUGGACAAAAGCAUCUUUCAAGUUUCACCCUCACCUGGCUCUGAUGUAACCAUCUAAGAAUUCUUGACCAGAGAUGUGAAUAUUGGAAC